AUGGGCUCGGCCACACCCCUAUUUCCUGGAUCCUUCCUCAUGGGGGUGCUGAGCGUGAGAUCUAAGACGUCUACGACUUUCGUCACCACUGUUGGCGUUGGGGAAGCUGUUUUUCAGGAUUCAGGAAUAAUACGUCUCUUGAGGACAUGGACUCUUGGAACCUUGGAAGCCCACAUUUAUGCGCUGUUUCCCAGAGUCCCCCUCUCCCUUGUGGGCUUUACGUAUGCCCGUUGCGACAUUGGCCGGAGAGUCACACAAAUUGAUCUGCAGUCCCACCUUGAUCUCGAGCGCAAAGUGGGAAAGGCCAAACUUAUUAUUGUCCCAAACAGGGGCAUCCCAAUGCAAGAACCACCGAGCAACCAGGCUUUACUGCAAGAGUUACCGAGCGACCAGGCUUUACUGCAAGAACCACCGGGUGACAAGGCUUUACCGCAAGAGUUACCGAGCGACCAGGCCUUGCAGCAAGAACCACCGAGCAACGAGGCUUUACUGCAAGAACCACCGAGCAACGAGGCUUUACUGCAAGAGCCACCAAGCAACCAGGCUUUGCUGCAAGAACCACUGACAAACCAGGCUUUACUGCAAGAACCACCUACAAACCAGGCUUUACUGCCAGAACCACCGAGCAACCAGGCUUUACUGCAAGGGCUACCGAGAAACCAGGCUUUGCUGCAAGAGACACCAACCGACCAGACUUUACUGCAAGAACCACCGAGCAACGAGGCUUUACUGCAAGAGUCACCGAGCGACCAGGCUUUACCGCAAGAGUUACCGAGCGACCAGGCUUUACUGCAAGAACCACUGAGCGACCAGGCUUUACUGCAAGAACCACCGACAAACCAGGCUUUACAGCAAGAACUACCGAGCAACCAGGCUUUACUGCAAGAACCACCGAGCGACCAGGCUUUACUGCAAGAACCACCGAGCAACCAGGCCUUGCAGCAAGAACCACUGAGCAACGAGGCUUUACUUCAAGAACCACCGAGCAACAAGGCUUUACUGCAAGAGCCACCGAGCGACCAGGCUUUACUGCAAGAACCACCGGGCGACCAGGCUUUACUGCAAGAACCACCGAGCGACCAGGCUUUACUGCAAGAACCACCGAGCGACCAGGCUUUACUUCAAGAGUCACCGAGCGACAAGGCUUUACUGCAAGAACCACCGAGCGACCAGGCUUUACUGCAAGAGUCACCGAGCGACAAGGCUUUACUGCAGGAGUCACUGAGCGACAAGGCUUUACUGCAAGAGUCACCGAGCGACCAGGCUUUACUGCAAGAGUCACUGAGCAACGAGGCUUUACUGCAAGAGUCACCGAGCGACAAGGCUUUACUGCAAGAGUCACCGAGCGACAAGGCUUUACUGCAAGAGUCACCGAGCAACGAGGCUUUACCGCAAGAGUCACUGAGCAACGAGGCUUUACUGCAAGAGUCACCGGGCGACCAGGCUUUACCGCAAGAGUCACCGAGCAACGAGGCUUUACUGCAAGAACCACCGACCAACCAGGCUUUACUGCAAGAGUCACCGGGCGACCAGGCUUUACUGCAAGAACCACCAAGCAACCAGGCUUUACUGCAAGAGUCACCGAGCGACCAGGCUUUACUGCAAGAGUCACCGAGCGACCAGGCUUUGCUGCAAGAACCACCGAGCGACCAGGCCUUGCAGCAAACACAACGAACGGGAUGGGUGAUGGCGGCAGUACAGUUCCGCAUGACAGCUCUCAUCAUCUCCCAGCGUCCUACCCCUAUGAAGGUGUAG